AUGUCUACAUUGGAUACAUUAGCAUCACAAGUUCCACAAGAAUUACGUGUUAAACUUAUGCAACAUUUUGGUAUUGCAAAAGAAUAUGAAAAAAAUCCAGGAAUGAUUUCAAUAACAUAUUAUUGUUUAAUGUAUAUUGCAAAUGAAGCACUUAAACUUCAAAAAGAUAAACAAUUUGUUUCAAAUGUACUUGAUUAUCUUGAAGCAACAAAACGAAAUAAUCCAAAUGAUGAAAUAAUUAAAUCUAUGGUAACUGGUCAGACAACAAUUGAAGAAUUAAUAAGUGUUCUUGUUACUGAAACAAAUGAAGCUGAAGAUGAUGAACAUAAAACUCCUGAACAAUUACGUUUACUUAUGAGAAAACAUUAUACUGUCGGUGGAUUAGCUGAUAUUCUUUCUGUAUUUGGAUCAGUCAAAGAUGAUUUUAUUACAUUAGGUAAAAUUGCUAAAAGUCGUGCAGUAGCAAUUUUUCGUGAUUUAAAAUCUGGUGCUGGUAGUAGUGGUGGUCCAUCAUCAGCAAUAAGACCUCCUGAUAGUACUAGUGAUCGCACUGUUUCACCAGAAAUACCAUCAAAAAAUCCUUCUACAUCUUUUUAUAAUCAAACUACAAGCAAUAAAGAUGUUCCAUUUGAUGUUAUAUCUCAAGUACAAAGAUUACUUCGUUAUGCUAAUUCAGCUUUAGAAAAUGAAGAUAUUGCUACAACAGUUCAUAAUUGCGAACAAGUAUUACAAUUACUUCAACCAUAUAAUCAUUAA